GGAGCCCCUGAGCUGCGAGGCGGGGCUGGAGGGGCAGUGCGGGCCCGGGGCGGUGGGCUCCCGGCCCCGGGGGGAGCUGCGAAGCUGUUGGGGCUGGCUGCAGACCCUCUGUACACGCUGUCGAGUGAGAAGGACCAUUCAAAGGCAAAUAUCCAACUUGUCAGUGAUAAAUUGGUAAAGGUACCAAUUUUCACAAGUAUGUUUAGUAGCUUGAUCCAUUUCCCGGGCUACAGUCUGUGCUUGGACGGCAAAGAUCCAGUGCCUCCAUUCAUUGACCGAAGAUGGAGAGGGAGGGCUCAGCAGUGCCUGGAGGCUCUUCAGCAGCUUGCUGUAGGUCAACCUUCUCUCCAAAUACCCCAAAUCGUGUAUGAAGAUCCUGAAGUCACUGGAAGGAAUCGUUACAAAUAUUUUGCACGACCUCUCAUCCCUUCUAAUAAGCUGCUUCCACCAAACGUUUGUUUUGCAAUGGAAAUGACAGAGCCCUUUAUCCUUUCAGCUACAAGAGACAGCAAGAUCUUUGGUCCCAAGUUACAAACUUUGGGCACACAGACAGAUUACAGGGAUGGUGAAGCCCAAACGGAUCCCUAUUCCCCUGAGUAUGUAGUUCCCAGUGGCUCAGUCCCUGAACUUCUGACACUUGCUACUCUCACUUGGGGUCGGGGGCUACCAGCAGGACUAGCCGAGGUGGAGAUGAUUGAACGUGCCCGGGAAAAACGUGCGUGGGAAGCAACUCUUCCAGCCAUGGACAAUGCCUCACAAAUUGCGAAGAGGAGGAAAAUGAUGGAUGAUAUGGAGAGGAAGGAGUGGGCCUUUAGAGAACAGGAAAUAGAAAAGUUGCAGGAGAUUCGACUGAGAGUCUUAAAGAAGCUGCUGCAGAGGCUACAGGAGAAACAGAAUGAGCUAGAUGCCAAGCGCUUGGAUGACCACUGGCAAAAUCAUCAGAAGGCUAAAAAAGAGAAAAUGAAAAAGAUUCAGCAUGACUUUGUACUGAUGCUCAGGAAACUGAUAGCUAAGAGGAAGAAUGUGAUGGGGAAACUGGAGAGACGAGAUAUCAUCAAAGAGUAUACUGACUUUGCAUCGCAAACAUAUGCUCCUUUAUCUAGGAUUGGUUAUUUCCCAGACAACCAUUCUGAACGCUUUGUUGUAAAAAACUUCUAUCUUAACACCUUUGCAGGACUGUGUGAACUGGAAGCAGCUCUCCCACAUUCUGUCACCCAGGCUGAGAUUAAAGCUCCAAAGCCUAAGUACACUACUACUAAGACUGGAUUUAUUAAAAGAUCAGCAAGACUAGAGGUGGCGCUGGCACAGGUUCACCAGGCACUAUUGGAGAAGAAGAAUAAAGUCAAAGAGCCAAAGAAGCCCCCUCGUUUCCUUCAAAAAAUAGAAAAGCCUGUUCCUCGCCCCCCCACUCCAGUUCUGGAAAAACCAUCAGUUAAGGAAGAGGAAAUAGAACUGGCAGUGAUCUGUCUGCAGAAGUUGCUCCGAGGAAGGGCUAUUCAGAACUUGAUGUUUGAAGAGAAGGAGAAGCGGAUGGAACUGAUCCGAGAGCUGCGCACCACUCACGCACUCCAGGAAGAUGGACAGCUGCUUCUGAAAGCAGAGGAGCAAAUGACACGGGCCUUACAGCAACAGCGUGACUUGCAAAUGCACGAGCUGUCAUCAAUGGAAAGCCGCUUGGCCCAGGAAGAAGGAAGGGCACUGGCAAACAUGUUUGAUUUCCUGUCCAAGGAGCUGUUGAGGCUGCAGGAAGAGCGGAAGAUCCACGCUUUUGUCAUGCUGGCUGAGAGGCAGAGGCGGAUGCGGGAGGCGGAAGAGAGCGGACGCCGUCAGGUGGAAGAGAGGCGUCGGCAGGAGGAAGAUGAGAUUUUCAGACAGGUGGUGAAGGUGCAGCAGAGCACUAUUGACUCCUACUUGGAAGACAUUAUCCUGAGUACCAUGGAGAACACAGCUGAAGAACAAGCCAGGGAAGAGAUUCAGAGAAUGGCCGUAGAAAUCAAUGACAUUGCUUAUGAAAUGGAAAGUUGUCGAACUCACCUACAGUCAGAAGAGAUUGUAGCAGAGCUGGUUUAUGCUUUCCUGAUCCCGGAGAUUGAGAAAACCUCUAUCAGAGAAAAAGUGAGGCAGUCCCAAAGAAAGCACAUCUAUGCUGCUCAUCAGAUAAUCCACAGAAGCACAGAAGAGUUAUUGGCUGAUCCAGCACUACAUCAGGAGACGUCUGCCAGCAGGAUAGAGGGAGAUCCUCCAGCUGGGACAGGUGGUGGUCUGAGCCCUUCUGAUGGGUCAGACAAGGAUGGCACAGCCUCCUAGAGACACAAGCAAGGGCAUCCAGAAUGCAAAAGCACCUCUCUCUUCUUUGGUCUGCGCCUCCUGCUGCCCACCAGCAAUAUUGUCCUGGAACCACGCUCUGUACAUUUCAGUGUGGCAGCCCCAGUCCAAGCCCAGCCCCCCAACUAGCUCUGGACCUCAUAAGCUAAUUCUCCUCUUCUAAUUAUUAAGAGAAGCUUGAGUGAGAGACCAGUGCUAGCACUCCUUGUUUGUCUUCCUGCCACAGGCCAACAGAGAUCUGCACCCGAGCUUUUGAUGGUAUUUCCUUUUAUCAAUAACAUUAAAUGAAAAGAUAUUCCAGCAGUGGGAAAUUUUGCGUUGAGACUGUACAGGGAGUCUUUUCUCAAGCACGUCCCACUGAUUUCCUUAGUGGAGUAAAGCAAAGAGUGGAUUGCUGUUUGAGCACCACUAUUGAUAAGCAUUGUAGUUGAAUGAAAACUGUCCUUGACAAGCUACUAAUGGGGGUCAGGUCUUGCAUCAUCUUCUCACAUAGCUCGGCCGUCACAUAAAGAAAAGGUGCUCUUGCCAUCAGUAGAGUGGUUCCUGCCAACCAGGCAGUGUCUGUCACUACUAACCAAAGCUAGGUGACAGCAGAAUGACACUGGGGCUGGUGUACCUUGGGUGAAGGACCCAUUAACCAGUGCUUAUGGCUUUUUCAAAGAUUUUGCUCUUUGCGCUGACCUCUUUUUGCUUUUUCUUAUCCCGAAGGAGAACAAUUCUGGAAAGAAUCUUAUUUCUUAGAACAGCAUUAGUCACUCUGGCUUUCCGUCUCCAGGGGGCUAUGCAGAGAGAGUUUGCUGGCUUUGCCUUGUUUGCAAGCAUGGGGGUGCUCCAGCUCAGGAUGUCAGAAACCAGCAGGCUGCAGACAAGCGCAGUGCAUCUGAUCAGAGAGCUGUCGGACUUGCUCAGCUCUCAAGCACUCACCUGUCAAAAUUCCUCAGGUCUGCGGGUUUAGCAUCUCAAAGGUACAUUUACGCCAAUACCAACAUCAAAUGCACCAGUUUUUGGAGGGGCAGGCAUAGCCACAACUAAACACCCAAAAUGCUUACUCACUGAUGCUCUGGCUACAACUCAUGCAAUAAAUAGCAGUGUUAGCUCUCAAUGCUAAUGUGAUAAUGGGCUGAUAUCUGUGUACUUCCAUCAUUUCUCUGAAACUGAUAGCCCCUGCUUUGUGUGGGGUCUGUAAAGCUUCGGGUGUAGUCCAGCUAGCUAAUUCUGAACCUAGCUCUGGUCCUUCAAAAAACAGAAACCAGCAGCAGCUCAAAAAUUCAGGCUCACUAGGGCAUUCCGGGGAAAAAAUGUGCAUCACAUUUGUUUUGUGGACUAGGGGGGCAAGGGUCAGGUAGAAGAAAAAAAAAAACAGUCUGAAUACCCCUGUAUUCCCCUGAGCUGUAAAUGAGAACUGGGGAGAGGAAACAGAACUGUGCCAUGAAACCAUUGCUGGGCUCUCAGUCACU